CACGUUUUCCAAAUUUAUACAGUUUUUGCGUAAAUAUCUCUUCUUUUUUUUAAAUUUAAUGUUGUGAAAUUCGCUGUGAAUUGAAAAACAAACCGGUAUAACUGUUCGUAACAAGAUCGCCGCGAACAACAAGCCUACACACAUACAUAAUAUAUAUAUACACACACACACAUCAACUUGAUAUGUUUGUACGAAAAUGUCGCACAGCGAUCAAACAGACUACACGUUUCUAUUGUUUAGUGCCACAACGUACAUGCAAGAUUGACGUUCGUGGCGCGGCCGCAAUGCCGCCAGUGCCGAGACUCAAUCAGCAAGAGCAGCAGCAGCAGCAGCAACAACAACAACAGCAACUUCAGCCAAGCUUUGAAAGGCUCGUCUUCAAUCCACAUAACUGUGGGCAGGCAACAAAGCUCUCUGAACAGGACAAACGUGACUAUGAACGCGACAAUGCGGAGUUUAAUGCUGCCACCGCCGAGCUUAAUAAGCUGCAACCAAAUGAGGAUAGCAUACGCAAUUCUAUAACCAUAACAAAUGCCAAGGCCAAUUCGGUGGCCAAUACGAUUAUGUACUUGGAGCGCAGUGGGCUGCCGUUGAAGGAAUUGGAGAAAAUGUCCAUUAUCCAUGUGGCGGGCACCAAGGGCAAGGGCUCCACUUGCGCGCUAGUCGAAUCGAUUCUACGUGAAUAUGGCGCACGCACUGGUUUCUUCAGCUCGCCACACUUGCUCUCCACAAAUGAACGCAUACGGAUUAAUGGUGAGCCGCUGGCCAAGCACAAGUUUACACAUUACUUUUGGAAAGUCUACAAUCGUUUGUUGGAGAGUCGCGAGCAUGACAAGGAUAUGCCCACAUUCUUUAUGUUUUUGACUACGCUCGGCUUUCAUGUUUUCCAUGCCGAGAAGGUGGAUGUGCUGGUGCUGGAGGUGGGCAUGGGCGGUGAGCUGGACUGCACGAAUAUUGUGCCCAAUGUGCGCACAGUGGGCAUCACUUCGCUGGCCCUGGAGCAUACACAGCUGCUGGGCAAUACGCUGGAGCAGAUUGCCUGGCAGAAGGCGGGCAUUAUCAAGCCCGAUUCCAAUGUCUUCACCCAUGUGACACAGCCCGAGUGCUUGGAGAUCAUUUACAAGCGCGCCGCAGAGCGCAAUGCUCAGGUUAUUCAAGUGCUGGACACACAGCAUUAUCUCGAGAGUAAUCUCUAUGCCGAAUAUCUGGAUAGCUUCAAUGAGUAUGUGCGUCUCAAUGGCGCUCUGGCCAUUGCCCUGGCCAAGGAUUGGCUGCGCCAGACCAAAGGUCCAUUGCAGCAAUUGCAGCUGGACGACAGCAAGAUGGUCUCCAAAGUGCUGCGUGCUCUGCUCAAUACCCAUUGGCCAGGUCGUUGCCAACUCGUGGCAUAUCAAAAUAUGCGCGUUCAUCUCGAUGGCGCUCACACUGUGGAGAGCAUGCGUGUCUGCUGUGAAUGGUUCGCCAAGAGCAUAACAGCCAGCAAAAACAAUCCCAAAAUCUUGGUCUUUAAUCGCACCGGCGAAACAGACGUUACCGGCUUGCUCCAGGAGCUGCAGCGCACUUGCCCCUUCGAUAUGGUUUGCUUUGUGCCCAACGUGGCCAGCACAGAGCCCAUCGAUCCCAGCCAGACGACCGUGUUCUGUGGCGCCGAGAAGCAAAUUAAGCGUGCCCAUGUUAUAGCCCAAAGCUGGCAAAAGCUAUGCGAAAGCAAUCAAGUGCCCAACCAGGCGCAGGUCUAUAAUAAUGUCUGGGAUGCUUUCAAUGGUGUGCGCAAGCGUUAUCCACUUAAUGUUGAAUUGGAUGUGCUCAUUACUGGUUCGAUACAUUUGCUGGGUGCUGCCAUUUCGGGAUUGAACAUGUUUCGACCUUUGGAAGAGGAAGCAGCCAAGAAGCAACAAGAGCAGUCACAACAACAACAACAACAACAGCAACUGGAGUCAAAGGACAAAGGACGCAGCGAGUCUAUUAGUUAGAAUGAAAACUGACUCGACGCUAGUUAGAAUUGUUAUUCCUAUUAAAAGCUAUGCCUAUACCUAGUAAACAACAUUUGUGUAUAGCAAACACACACACACACACACAUACAACACAUUUAUCAUAUAAACCCAAAGUCUAUAAUUCCAACGGUCCACCAAUAAAGAACCUCGCUUAUUGUAAACAGUGGCCUUAGUUUGAAAUUUGUAAUUGAAAGCAAAACAAAUUCCUUAUCUUUAGUUAUUUUCCACUUAUUGUUAGUAUAUCGCAUUUCUAUUGCUUUUGUUUAUAGUCUGGGAGUAGACUUACUUUCCAUUGCUAAGUAAACUAAACUAUUGACUAUUAUUGUUAGCUGUUAGAUUGACAAACAAAUUGCCAGAUAAUCAUGAAUCUUUCUUGCUUAGUUUUCUUUUCUAUUAGUGCCUAAGCUAACUUUUUGUAUAAU